AUGGAAGACCCGAAGUUGACUGCACCUGUCAAACAGAUCACUAAAUCAAAAACAGAGUUUGACAUGUUUGCUGAUGAUGCCGACCUACCUCAGGUAAUGAUCGGACACCAGGCUAAUGAUACUCUUAGGGACAAUUGGGACGAUGCGGAGGGCUACUACAGAGUACGAAUCGGAGAGGUGUUGGAUGGCCGUUAUAGAGUGUUCGGUUACACGGGAGCUGGAGUGUUUGGAAAUGUGGUCAGGUGCACUGAUCAAAAUCGGAACGACAUAGUUGCGAUUAAAAUUAUUCGUAACAACGAGAUCAUGCGUAAAACCGGCCUUCGUGAACUGGAAGUAUUACGUAAGUUGAAUGAGGCCGACAGGGAAGAUAGAUUUCACUGUCUGCAACUGUAUCGGACGUUCAAUCACCACAAUCAUCUAUGCCUUUGCUUCGAGAAUCUGAGUAUGAAUUUACGCGAACUCUUGAAGAAGUAUGGUAAUAAUAUUGGUCUCCAUAUGAAGGCAGUACGAAGUUAUGCACAUCAACUGCUCAUGGCUCUGCGUCUACUCAAGAAAUGUGGUCUCGUUCACGCUGACAUUAAGCCAGACAAUAUUUUGGUAAGUUAUGUGACUUCGGUUCAGCAGGACAUGUUCGAGAUCAAGAGAUUGCCCCAUAUCUUGUCUCCCGUAAGUUUUUCUCCAAUUCUUUUCCUGUUAAUCUUAGUUCAGGACGUUUUCUUUUCAGUGUUGGGGAUUCAACAUGAUUACGGUAUCGACUUAUGGUCGAUAGCUGUUACACUGUUUGAGGUGUAUACUGGAAAAAUAAUGUUUCCAGGGAAAAGCAACAACCAUAUGCUUAAGCUGUUCACGGAAGUAAAGGGGAAGUAUCCGAAUAAACUUGUACGGAGAGCUCAAUUUCGUGACCAACACUUCGAUGCGAACUGCAACCUCUUAUAUCAUGAAAUUGAUAAAGUGACACAACGAGACAAGGUCACAGUCCUGUCGAAUAUACGGAUAUCGCGUAAUUUGGAGCUAGAACUCAUAGGAGAACAGGAUCUUGAUCGAGACGGCAUAUCUCAAGUUCAAUCAUUUCGAUCCCUUUUGGAGCAGAUGUUGGUAUUGGAACCGACAAAACGCAUAACCUGCGGUGAAGCAAUCAAGCACCCAUUUUUCUCCAUGAAGUGA